UGGUAAUAUACCGGCAGAAAGACGAUCGGCAGUGCACGUUUUUGGCAUCUGGUGGGUAAUAUUACCGCCCCGUUACCGUACCCGCUGGCCGUUUGCGCCUUUUUUUUCUGGUUUUCAGUGGCCACCGUCAAGCUUGGGACUCGCCCGUUUCCUCGACUAUUUUCUCUCUCCUCGACUUUCUCUUCUCCCAAUUCCCUCAUCGGUAUCAUAAUGCUUUCGUUCUCUCCGAUGCUUCAGUGUGACCCAACGCUGCGCGGCUAACACCGGCCUUGCACGCCUCGUGCUCUGCACAAAAAAAAUAAAAGCAAGUCUCCGCUGCCCAGCGAUCGACAACCUCCCACAUUUUUACUUUUUGCCUUGUUGAGCGCGAAAACAGGAUCGCCAAGCUCCCCUCCUUCGACAAACCAAGCUUGCCCUCGUCAUCACUUCUUCACCUCCCGCCGAUUGUGCCCUUCGUGAGGGAACGACGGCGCCAUCGCCGCCUUCCAUUGACCAUGUUUUCGGCUCUCAUCCACCGGCUGAAUGAUCUUAAGCAGCGAGUCCCGCUGCUAAAUCGGCUCCAUUUAAACUUCAUAUUCAUACAUUAUACCUAUAUCAUAUCAUGGGCGAUUAUCGGCUCUAUCUUCGUCUACCCCGGUGGUAACCUCUCCUAUACUGAUGCGCUCUUUCAAGCCGCCGGCGCCGCCACCCAGAGCGGGUUGAACACGGUCGAUCUCAACACGUUAUCCACAUAUCAGCAGAUCGUGCUCUAUGUGGUCACGAUGCUGUGCACGCCUAUUUUCAUUAACAGCGGACUGGUAUUUAUUCGACUCUACUGGUUUGAGAAGCGGUUCCAACAUGUGGUGCGGGAUGCGCGUGCCUUGCGCACGACUCGAUCUCGCAUGGACACGGUGACUCAGGAUAAGGAGACUCAGGAGGUCAAUCGUGCUGAGUUAGGGGUCGGAGGCCGUUCGAUUGUGGUACUACGGAACAAUGCGGGCGAUGCACGAGGGAAUCGCCUUCCCAACCCCAUGGCCCAGGUCCCGGAGAACCACACCGGUGGAGAGUCUCCCGAGAGUCGGAAGCCUAGUGAGCCGUCUAGCUUGGAGGAUACGUCAGAUUCCGUCGUAGAGCGUCGAUUCGGGCUGGGAAGCUUGCGGGUGCCGACCCAGCUCAGUCCUGAGCACCACAUCGCCUUCCUCGAAAAUCAGCGCAAGACCAAAGGCGCCCUGCGCAUUCCGAGUCCCCGCGAGUACGAUCGGGGUGGAGUCCCGGAAGCAUUGGACGAGGGUGAAGAUGAUGAGCGCGACCGGGCACAAGACCCUCAAGACCCAUCGAGUCCGCAAUCCGACAGACGACGGAGCUCGGCAGAUUCGGGUGAGAACGACCAAGUUGGUCCGCUGGAAGGACCUCACAUUACCAUCAAUGAGCCGGAUUUCACACGCACCCGCACUCGCGGCAACACCUUUUCUCGCCUGGACACGAGGCCGACCAUCCGCGAUACCAUGACCAAGGAAAUAGAUGAGAAUGCACUGGCUUCCACAACGACCAAGAACACUUUCCGGGGUAUAUUCCGAUCCUUCACGCAGGAACAAGAACGACCGACCCAGCCGUACUUGAGCUGGAAUGCCACCGUGGCACGCAACUCCAACUUUGUGGAUUUGACCGAGGAGCAACGCGACGAGUUGGGUGGAAUCGAGUAUCGCGCGUUGAAGACCCUGGCCGUGGUGCUGAUCUCGUACUAUGUUGGAUUCCAUCUCAUCGGCUUGAUCAGCCUGGUCGGUUGGAUCAUGACGGUAGACACAUGGGGUGACAUCGUGAGAGCCGAUGGCGUUGGACGGCCAUGGUGGGGAAUUUUUACAUCCGGUUCUGCCUUUAACGAUUUGGGAUUCACCUUGACCCCAGAUUCGAUGAACUCGUUUCAGAGGGCGGUUUUCCCGCUGCUUCUGAUGACAUUUUUGAUCGUCAUUGGUAAUACUGGGUUCCCGUGCAUGUUGCGACUUUUGAUUUGGACUCUGUCGAAGUUUGCACGACAAGGUACCGCCCUGUGGGAGGAAUUGAAGUUCCUUCUUGAUCACCCUCGUCGAUGCUUUACUCUGCUUUUCCCUCGAAAUGCGACCUGGUGGUUAUUUGCAAUCUUGGUGGCGAUGAACGCUAUUGAUCUGAUUUUCUUCAUUAUACUGGAUCUGAACGACUCGACUGUCACCACCUUGCCACCCGGUAUCCGAGUACUCGACGGCCUUUUCCAGGCCGCGUCCACUCGAACCGCCGGUUUUGGCAUUGUGAGUCUGUCGGACCUUCACCCGGCCAUUCAAGUAUCCUACUUGAUCAUGAUGUAUAUUUCCGUCUUCCCCAUUGCCAUCUCCAUGCGUCGCACGAAUGUGUACGAAGAAAAGAGUCUGGGAAUCUAUGGCUUCGAAGAGGAGACGGACGAGGAAACCCAAACAGCCCCCAGUUAUAUCGGUGCUCACUUGCGACGUCAGCUGAGCUUCGAUUUGUGGUAUGUGUUCCUGGGACUAUUCAUCAUCUCCAUCGCCGAAGGUAGCCGCCUGGAGAGCACGAGUGAGUAUAGUUUCCAAUUAUUCAACGUGCUGUUCGAGGUGGUGUCGGCCUAUGGUACCGUCGGCUUGUCAUUCGGAUACCCGGGUGUCAACACGUCGUUCUCGGGUCAGUUCAACGUGGUUUCCAAGUUGGUCAUCAUCGCCAUGCAAAUUCGUGGUCGCCACCGUGGUCUGCCAUACUCACUGGACCGUGCCGUCCUCCUACCGUCCGACGCGUUGAAUCGCCGCGAGGCUGCCGAGUCCGAGCGACUGAUGCGUCGGCGUGCAUCCAACCUGAGUGGCGCCGAAUCCAUCGGUCGGCCACGAUCACGCAGUCAUUCGCAGUCGCAGGUAGACGGUGGCCUUUCGACGGGCCUCCAAUCGCAUGAUUGGCAAACUCAUCCAGCGCCGAAUGGAGAUAAUCUCGUGAAUCGCUCGUCGACCAUUCGGUCCAACCGGUAGAGACUAUCGGACUGGCUUGUUAUUUACUUUUAGCAUCUCUUGUACAUUCAUCCAUCAUCUAUAGAAGACUUGG